CUUGAAAAGGGCCUCUGUCUGUGCAGCAAUCAUGAAGCUGAAACAGUGGUUCCUGAUUUUGUUGGUUGUUACAACACGGCUUGCAUGCUGUUUGGCUUCAGAACAAAAAUGUCUGGAUUUUGUUGGAGAGUAAUUGUGCUCUCACUGUUGACUUUUGGGCUGCAUGCAAAGGCACUAACCUACAGAAAUGGAGACUACAGCGGCAUUAGACCUUACUUUAAUUUUCCAAGAAGCCACAAACCGGCUUUUGCCUCUUCUGGUGAUGAGAGCUCUGGACGUAGUUACACUUCAUCUGAGACCCUGAAGCCAGCUGCUGCACCUAGUGUGGGACGUUCUAGUGGGCAAGUAGAUGGUUACAGUCCAGAGGGAAGUGUUUCCAGUUACAGGCCUGGACCACCGAUAAUUCAGAAACCCAGACAUAACCCACAGCAGCCACCUCAAACAAAUCCUAAUGCAAAUGGGGUUCUCCAGACCAAAGCUGGCAUGUGGAAUUUUCCAUUUUUCCAGAAUGGAAACAGUUUUGAGUCGGGUAUCGUUUCAAGUUCUGGAAUUGAGAUGCUUUCUCAUCCCCAACUUAAGCUCAACUCCCCUUGGCUAGCCAAGCGCCAGCCGCCCGCCUACCCGGCCCAGCCCCAGCAGCCCCAGCAGCCCCAGCAGCCCCAGCAGCCCGCCUACCCGGCCAAGCCCCAGCAGCCCACUCAUUCAUCCACGCUCCAGUUGCCGACCUACAUGGCCAAGCAGCAGCAGCCGCCUGCCUACUCAGGCAAACCCCAGCCACCCGCCUACCCGGCCAAGCCGCAGCGGCCCCAGCCGCCCGCCUACCCGGUCAAGCCGCAGCGGCCCCAACCGCCCGCCUACCCAGCCAAGCCCCAGCAGCCCACUCAUUCAUCCACGCUCCAGUUGCCGACCUACAUGGCCAAGCAGCAGCAGCCGCCUGCCUACUCAGGCAAACCCCAGCCACCCACCUACCCGGCCAAGCCGCAGCGGCCCCAGCCGCCCGCCUACCCGGCCGAGCCCCAGCAGCCCACUCAUUCAUCCAUGCCCCAGCCGCCCGCCUACCCGGCCAAGCCGCAGCGGCCCCAGCCGCCCGCCUACCCAGCCAAGCCCCAGCAGCCCACUCAUUCAUCCACGCUCCAGUUGCCGGCCUACGUGGCCCAGCAGCCGCCUGCCUACUUGGGCAAACCCCAGCCGCCCACCUACCCGGCCAAGCCGAAGCAGCCGCCCGCCUACGUGGCCAAGCCGCAGCAGCCCCAGCUGCCCACCUACCCAGCCAAGCCCCAGCUGCCCACCUACCCAGCCAAGCCCCAGCAGCCCACCUACCCAGCCAAGCCGCAGCCUGCCUACCCGGCCAAGCCGCAGCGGCCCCAGCCGCCUGCCUACCCGGCCAAGCCUCAGCAGCCCACUCAUUCAUCCACGCUCCAGUUGCCAGCCUACAUGGCCCAGCAGCCGCCUGCCUACUCAGGCAAACCCAAGCCGAAGCAGCCGCCCGCCUACGUGGCCAAGCCGCAGCAGCCCAGUUAUUCAUCCACGCUCCAGCAGCCCGCCUACCUGGCCAAGCCGCAGCGGCCCCAGCCGCCCGCCUACCCGGCCAAGCCUCAGCCGCCCGCCUACCCGGCCAAGCCCCAGCCGCCCGCCUACCCGGCCAAGCCCCAGCCGCCCGCCUACCCGGCCAAGCCCCAGAAAUGGGUUCUCCAAAGCAAAGCUGGCAUGUGGGACUUUCCUUUCCUUGGCGGUGCUGCUUCUGGCUCUCAUGUGCAGCCCACUGACUCAAACCCACAAAUGAAUGUUGAACCAAGAAGUUCAAGACCAAUUCCAAUUUCAUCGCCGUACCAUCCCAGGUGGCAGCAGCCACUGGUGCCUGUGCAUGACAAACGCUAUUGAACUUGGAUCGUAAUGGUUCCUUACCUCCUUGUGGAAGCAAUUUUUUUUUUUUUUUUCCCGGCAUCAACUGUACUUGUGAAAUACAAUAAAGUAUUUGGAACUGCA